CAAUAAAUGUGUUUCUUGCCCUCUGGCGUCUCCUUUCUUCUGCCUGGUUCAUGCUGAGCCGAGGCCUCAAGCUGGGCCCCCUAGUGCGAGACACUCUGUCCUUAAAGAGGGUGGGGCUCUCUACCAUUUGGAGGCCCUACCUAAACACCACCUUGGGAGAUCCUGCAGGUGGGGCAGCAGGGGAAAUUCCUACCCCAGGAUGGUCUCCCUGAGGGCCUGGCUGGGACCUCUGACACGGGUGUGUGUGUGUCUGUGAGUCGGGCCUUCCCGAGGGCUGGGGCAGGGGCCCCAUGGCUCAGGAGUGUUUUGCAGAUAUGGCCAUCCUGGGCACUCAGUCGGCAGGAUCCUGUUCCUCCAGGAGGCGGGACUUCCUGUUACGCCCACUAUUCAAGGGUGUGUGGACCCUGGUAUUCUGCUGUGAGAGCUGUCCCCCAUGUACGCCGAGGCCUCCACCAUGAAUUUCCGGACGCCCGGGUUCUUCCGGCGCAGCCCCCCCCCCGCGGCGAAGCCGGCCCCCGGGGCUGGGGCGGUCCCGGCGCUGGGGGGCAUCGCCCAGAUCUCGCCCUGCCUCUACCUCUGCAGCGGCAACGCGGCCGCCAACCGGCAGCUGGUGCGGGCCCGGGCGGUGACCUGCGUGGUCAACGCCACCAUGGAGCUCCCCAACGCCAACUGGCCCGAGAUCGACUACGUCAAGGUGCCGGUGGCCGACCUGCCCCACGCCCCCCUGGCCCUCUACUUCGACUCGGUGGCCGACCGCAUCCACCAGACGGGCAAGCGCAAUGGGCGCACCCUGGUGCACUGCGUGGCGGGCGUGAGCCGCUCGGCCUCGCUCUGCAUCGCCUACCUGAUGAAGUACCACCGCCUCAGCCUGCUGGACGCCCACCAGUGGGUGCGGAGCCGGCGGCCCGUGGUGCGGCCCAACGCCGGCUUCUGGCGCCAGCUCAUCGCCUACGAGCAGCAGCUCUUCGGCAAGAACACCGUGCGCAUGGUGCCCUCGCCCCUCGGCCCGCUGCCCGACGUCUACGAGAGCGAGACCCGCGGCCUGGUGCCCCUCUGGAGCUACAGAUAGGCGGGGCGGGCGCCCCGGGACCCGUCUACCUGCCCCGCCGGGGCAGACUGAGCACCGGAGGGGCACCGUUGGCUGCAUUUGCCCCUGGAGGAGGGACUUGGGGGCAGAUGUCCCACAAAGGGGCAUUUUCUAACCUCAGAGACUGUGUGUGUGUGCGGGGGGGUGGGCGUGUGUUUAAAGGGGGGGGGGGAGAGUCACUGAGCAUAAAAGCCCCCCCCGCAUUGUGUGACCCCCCCCCCCCCCCAGGGCCUACCACAAACACCCAACUCGCCGCCUUCCAAGUCACAUCCCCCUGCAAACUCCUUCUCUGCCCCCCAGAGAGACGAGAUCGAAACUGCUGCCCCCCCGGGGGCAUUAGUGGGGGGGGCAUCUGCUCUCAGCCCCUGUAUAGCUCUGUACAUAGCGCCAAAGGUCUAUAUUCCUUACCCAGGGUUUGUACCGACUUAACGAGCGGAGAGCGCUCAUUAAUAAAAAUUAACCUUUGAAUUAAA